GCACGGACCAAUUGACAGGAAAAGGAGAAGCCCGGAGAAGUCGGAACCGAUACCAAACAGUUGAAGGGUGGAAAAGGGCCCGCACCUAGGGUCUCGAGGGUGACAGAAAUAGAGACACUAUGGGCGUUGAUUGGUUUCUAAACCUAAUGAAUAUAAUAUGAAUUCCUGGGUUAUACCCUUUGCGAUCGUAUCGCAUCCUUCUCAUUUUGGCCCCUUUGACUCGCAAUCAUGGGAAGUCCACGAGGCCGCUGCGGGACGCCGACUCGCUCCCAAUCCUUUGCCCCGGAGGUCAAAUGAGCAGCAGUCCACUGCAACAGUGGGAGCCAUACUGGUAAGGCCCAAUAUUGAGAGUCAAGAGUCAGUUAUCUGAUUUCGUCAAGCCUGCCGAUCGCGCGCAAACCGG